AUGCUGAGCUUAAGCCGCGGGGAAGGCGCUGGUAGGAUCCCCUUGGCCCCCCGGGCCCCCGGCUGCAGCCAGCUCCCGCGGACAGCGGCCCCCGCCGAGGGCACGAAUGCCAGCUCCCGGCUCUGCUUCGCGGUGGUGCUGGUGCUGCUGACGCUCACGCCCGGAGUGGACUCCUCGUGGUGGUACAUCGGGGCACUGGGGGCAAGGGUGAUCUGCGAUAACAUCCCUGGAUUAGUCAACAAGCAACGGCAACUCUGCCAGAGGUACCCUGAUAUCAUGCAGUCUGUCGGGGAGGGGGCCAAAGAGUGGAUCCGGGAAUGCCAACACCAGUUCCGGCACCACCGCUGGAACUGCAGCACGCUGGAUAGAGACCACACGGUCUUCGGGAGAGUCAUGCUACGCAGCAGCAGAGAGGCGGCCUUCGUCUACGCCAUCUCCUCGGCCGGGGUCGUCUACGCCAUCACCCGGGCCUGCAGCCAAGGGGAGCUGAAAGCCUGCAGCUGCGACCCCCUGAAGCGUGGCCGUUCCAAGGACGAGCGAGGGGAGUUCGACUGGGGCGGCUGCAGCGACAACAUCCACUACGGGAUCAAGUUCGCCAAGGCCUUUGUGGACGCCAAGGAGAAGAAGGUGAAGGACGCCCGGGCGCUGAUGAACCUGCACAACAACCGCUGCGGGAGGACGGCUGUCAAGCGAUUCCUGAAGCUGGAGUGUAAAUGCCAUGGAGUCAGCGGCUCCUGCACCCUAAGGACUUGUUGGUUGGCAAUGUCAGAUUUUCGGAAAACUGGGGAUUACCUUAGGAAGAAAUACAAUGGGGCCAUCCAGGUGACAAUGAACCAGGAUGGCACCGGCUUCACCGUGGCCAACAAGAACUUCAGGAAACCCACCAAAACAGACCUGGUGUACUUUGAGAACUCUCCUGAUUACUGUGUGAUGGACAAGUCGGCAGGUUCCCUGGGGACGGCGGGUCGUGUGUGCAAUAAGCUGUCCCGUGGGACCGACGGCUGCGAGGUCAUGUGCUGUGGCCGGGGCUAUGACACCACCCGCGUCACGCGUAUCACCAAGUGCGAGUGCAAGUUCCACUGGUGCUGCGCUGUGCGCUGCAAGGAGUGCGAGGACACUGUUGACGUGCACACGUGUAAAGCACCGAAGCGGGCCGAGUGGUUAGACCAAACCUGA